AGACACGGCACCCAGCGCUCACAGAGUCUCAACCGUGGGCACUCGCUCUCAAGAUCCGAUGGCACCUGGUGACAUCACGGGACCACGGGCAGCGUAGUAACGUGCGCCGAGUGCGGUCAGCGCAGUAUGGGCAACAAGUUAUCUUCGUGCUCGUGCGCGCCCAUCCUCCGCAAGGCGUACCGAUACGAGGACAGCCCGUGGCAGAACUCCCGACGGCGAGAUGGACAUCUACUUAGACUUUGGGCGGAGGUAUUCCACGUGUCGGCGAGCGGCGCCGGCACGGUGAAGUGGCAGCAGGUGUCUGAAGACCUGGUGCCUGUGAACAUCACCUGCAUCCAGGACUCCCCCGAGUGCGUGUUCCACAUCACCGCCUACAACUCCCAGGUCGACAAGAUCCUCGAUGUUAGACUACUGCAGCCUGGAACAAGGAUCGGGCAGGCGUCAGAAUGCUUCGUUUAUUGGAAAGAUCCCAUGACUAACGACACCUGGGGUCUAAACUUCACUUCGCCCAUCGACGCCAAGCAAUUUAGAGAAUGCUGCUCACCAUCAUUCAAAUUCUCACGUAAGGCUUCGUCGAGCUACAGCCUGAAGCUGGAACCGCCGGGCAGCAAGCAGAAGUUCAAGACCAAAAGGAAACCCGUCUCCACGCCGGCCAGCCCCAAUAGAUCAAGCCUGACGUAUGGCCGCGAACCUCAGUGCACCUGCAUGACUCAAGAACAGUAUUCUCGACUCAGAGCUCAAGAUCCUAGAUACCGUUCUUCAACUCUUCCGAGGACGACUAACCGUGCCAUCGAGACGGAGGGCCAGGCGCCGGCCGCGGGGCGCUCGGACAAGGUCGCUGCUGCCACCUCCUCCACCUCGCUCUACGACAAUGUCGCCAACUCGCAGGCUAACCAGGCACCGCCGAAACCUGCUGCUCGUCAGACCGACACGCAGGCUCCGUCGCGCACCACCAAGUCGCAGGAGACGUCCACCAUGACCACCAACACCUCUACUGCUCCCAAAACUGUCACCGCCUCGGUCGGCACUCAUGGCACCAAUACAAACGAGGAGCAGUCAAACCAGCACCAGGAGCACAAGUCUGAGGGUGUGCAGGCCGGCGGCACCCUCACCUCCAAGUCCUCAUCCACUUCUACACGCAAGGACCACGUCCACAACAAGAGCGUGGACUAUGGGGAUGGGAAUGAUUCUUCUCGCGAAUCGGACAGACACACAAUGCACAACCACAACGUCAUCAACAACAACACCUCCGGCUCACGUCGCACCAAGUCCAAGAGCACUGAAGACAUGAAUAUGGACUCAACUACCCUGAAACGCAUGUUGAAACCGAUGCCGUCAACGGAGAGUCCGGUGACGUCACCGGAGAUGGGCCGGCGUCGGUACGGCGGCACCGCGCCCUGCCCGUCGUCGUGCACGCACCACCGCCACCACCCGCAUCAUGGUCACUACGCCCACGUCGUCAACAACAAUCGGCAGGGCUCACAGCGAUACCCGAGUGCCAGUCGCGGCGUUGGCGUGGGCGCGGCGCCCAGCGGCUACCCCGGCCGCGGGUUGUUCCUGGAGCUGGGCGGUGAACGUGACCUGUCCCCGCCCUCCGACAAUGUGAUGUUCGACAACCAGUGCUAUGCCACCACACCCUCCUCAUCUAACGGGAACUCCGACCAGGAGCCGUGCCAGCGCCGCGACCCAAGGCACACUCACCAUGUGCAAAAGCCGUGUCUCUCACGGCAAGCAUCCCAGUCGAGCGCGACGCCCGCCCCGGGGUCUCCGACUUCGCGGCUGCUGCUAGAGUACGAGAUGCACCUGCGGAACACGCUCGCCAAGGGCAUGGACGCCGAGAGCUACAGCCUGCACACCUUCGAGGCCUUGCUGAGUCAGAGCAUGGAGGAUUUAGAAUACAAUGACAAUAUGCCGCCAUCAAAUCAACGGAGCCCGUACCCUCCACGUAGAAGGCCAGCAUCCCAGUGCUCCGGCGGUGGCAGCCGUUCCUCGACCCUGCCGCUGCCGCAUCGCCUGGGAGUGGAGAGACAGCACAGUGCGCGCUCUGACAGGGAUGGAUAUUACAGCGAUCGAAAUGAAUUAAUGAGGGAGCGAGAGCGGGACCGAGAGAGGGAGAGGGGCUACCUCAGCGAUCACAACUCGAGAGAUCGAAUACGGGACCGCGAUCAAGGUUACCUGAGCGACCACCAAUCGAGUUUCGUGAGUGCGUCCCGCUGUGCGUCAUGCAUCGGGGAGUCGGCCCGAUCAGCCUGGUACAGGCACUCGGACGGCUGGCGCGGCGCCCCACCCGGCCCCCGCCGCUCCCCCUGGGACUCCCUGCCCAGUCUACGCCAGGAAGGCAGCCUCAAUGACUCCGGGUACCGAAGCAAUAGGGCCGACAGCUUUGAGCAAAGGGGCGUUUUCGACCGUCAGGACAGCGUGCGGUCGGAGUACGCGAGCGACCGGGAGUCCACGCGGUACGGCAUCGUGCAGCAGGCGUCCAUCGACAGCACAGACUCCCGCAUCUGCUACCUCACCAGCAGCGAGAUAUCGGACGAUGAUCGUAUGUCGCUGACGACGGCGGUGUCGGACGAGGAGGAGCCGGGCGAGAGCGCGAUGAACUCGCCCUACAAGGGCAAGCAGACCGGCGCCGCCGCUGCUUCCUUCAACUGCACCGGGGCUGUGAGGAAGGCCGGAUUUUUGAGCGUGAAGAAAUGGCUGCUUCGCAAGAAACACCAGAUCGAGCUCGCUCGCAAGCGCGGAUGGAAAGGCUACUGGGUGUGUCUGAAAGGGACAACACUACUGUUCUACCCGUGCGACUCCCGAGAGGGGAGGUCUGUGGAAGCUGCACCAAAGCACUUGAUAAUCGUCGACGGAGCCAUCAUGCAGCCGAUACCGGAGCACCCGAAGCGCGAUUACAUAUUCUGUUUGAGCACGGCAUUCGGCGACGCGUAUCUCUUCCAGGCGCCGUGUCAGGUGGAACUCGAGAACUGGGUGAACAGUAUCCACAGUGCCUGCGCCGCGGCCUUCGCCAGACACCGCGGCAAGACUGGGACACUGCACCUGCUACAAGAGGAGAUAUACAGACUUGAGAAAGCCAUAGAGUCGGAUCACAAGCUGAAGCACAUGGCUGAUUUGCAGCAGUCUGUAGUAUCGGAUCCGGAAACAAGGGCACAAUUAGCGGUGCAAAUGUUGCAAUGGGAGGAGAAUCUGGAGCGAUUACAUUGUGAACAAUUCCGUCUGCGCUGCUACAUGGCCAGCCUACAAAGCGGCGAACUGCCCAACCCGAAGUCGCUGCUGACCCACGUGUCCCGCGGCACCAAGAGCACACUUAACAAGCUGGGCGUAUUCACGGUGUCGUCCUUCCACGCGUUCAUCUGCGCUCGCUCGCCCUCACUGCUCAACAACCUGCUCGCUGGUCGCGGCGCCACCAAGCGGCGGGCGCCGAACCUGUCGCGGUCCAAUUCUGGAUCCAGCAGGCGGUCUAUGCAGAUGUCUCGCGAGGAGGGGGAGGCGGCGGUACGAGUGUCGCUACCUGAAGGCACCACGGCGACCGUGGGGGUUCGCGAGGGAAUGUCAGUCGAAGAAUUCCUAGCGGCGGCCUGCGCGCGGCGCUCACUCAACCCUCUAGAACACUUCGUGCGGGUGAAGAAACGCCGCGACAUGGAAGACCAUAAUUACUUCGUGCCGCACCGGGGCGAUCUAAUUGAGACAUACCUCCACACUCACGAGGUGGUCGAAGUCUGCGCGAAGAUCCUCUACCAGGUGGAGCUGCAGCGGACGACGUUGGAGCACAUGUGGGGCUUCAGUGUGGAGGCCGAGCUGAUCGAGAACGCCGAGCGACAGGACGAGCUGUGCUGCUACGUCAGCCGCGUCGAGGAUAAGAGCGUCGCCAUGCAAAACGGUAUCAUCAAAGGGGAUGAGAUAAUGGUGAUUAAUGGAGCGAUCGUCUCUGACCUGGAUAUGAUGUAUUUGGAGAGCGUCCUGCAGGAGGAGCUGUCCCUGGUCAUGAUGAUGAGAUCGUCCCGCACGGAGCCGCCGGAGCUGAGCGGCGCGAUGCGCGCGGCCACGGACGACAUAAUCGAUUCCCUCGUGUGCCCGCCGCCGCCCACCGACCCGCCCGUCAUCUCCGACGACAUGAUCUCCGGACUCAUUGUGCCAGCGCCGGCCUGGAGCAAGGAGCUAUACAGUCCAGAGACAGACGGUCACGGCGAGGCGGGCGGCUCCGGCCCGCCCAAAGUCAGCUCUCGCACUAACUCGUUCGAGAUCGAGAAUCUACUCAAGAGGGGUGGGCGUGUGCGGCAGAGUGCGGAGCAGGUGACGGGCUGGUGUCGGUCACCGAGCGAGACGCGACGGGCGAGUCCGACGGGCAGCAGCGCGGCCGUCACGCCGUCCCGACACCUGUCAGAUGCGGAUAAGCUGAGGAAAGUGUUGAUGGAGCUAGUGGAUACCGAGCGGGCGUAUGUCAAGAAUCUAAAUAAUCUGCUGGAAAACUACUUGGAGCCGCUGAAGAGGGAAACUUUUUUAUCGAACGCCGAGAUCAACGCUCUGUUCGGCAACAUUCAGGAGAUAGUGACUUUCCAACGACAGUUCAUGCAAAACUUAGAGGAGGCGCUAGAGGCUGAACCCAAUUUCAAUCACCUAGAAUUUUCUAAUCAAUUCAAAAACGUACUCUUCGCAGUCGGGAACGCUUUCCUUUAUUACGUGAACCAUUUCAAAUUAUACAGUUCCUUCUGCGCCAGCCACAGUAAAGCUCAGAAAGUUUUACAUCCAAACGAGGGCAACCAGGCGCUGCAGGAGUUUUUGGCCGCGCGUAAUCCGAAGCAACAACACUCUUCGACGCUGGAGUCGUAUUUAAUUAAGCCAAUCCAGCGUAUUCUCAAGUAUCCGUUAUUACUUCAACAAUUAAGAAACUUAACUGACGUAAAUUCGGAGGAGCAUCUUCACUUAGUCGAAGCUUUAAAAGGUAUGGAGAAAGUUGCGGAACACAUUAAUGAAAUGCAACGAAUACACGAGGAAUAUGGUGCUAUAUUUGACCACUUGUUUAGACAACAUCAGAAGUCUUGCAAGCAGCCGAUCGAUUUAAGUCCAGGUGAUUUAUUAUAUUACGGAGGUGUGGAGUGGCUGAAUAUAUCAGACUUCCUCGGGAAAAUAAAGAAAGGACUCGAGCUGCACGCCAUGUGUUUCGUUUUCAAAUCAGCCGUUGUCUUCCUGUGUAAAGAAAGACUGAGACAAAAGAAAAAGUUAAUGGGUGUGUCGUCGAAGAAUAACUCUAAUGAAGUGGAAAUCAUUCGCUACCAAGUGUUGAUACCCGUGACCGAGGUUCAAGUUAGAGCGUCAUCUGCAAAGGACAUGGACAGCCAUUUCUUGUGGGAGCUCAUCCAUCUACGCAGUCAGCUGCAGCGCCGCUCCGAGAAAGUUUACGUGCUAUCUAACAGCACGGCGGAUUUCCGCAACGCGUUCCUCAAGACGAUCCGGCAGAUCAUCCGCGAGUCUGUCCGCAACAUGUCGCUGCCGAGCUCGCGCCCCGCCCCCGCCCCGCCCCGCGCACCGCACCCCCCGCAUCCCCACUCCGCGCAUACACUUGACAGGCCUAAACACCAGGUGCAAGUUAUGCAAGGAUCACAUACUUUGGGCAAAACAAAGAAACCGAAAACUUCGGGACAAAGGCUAUCCGCAGGAAAUAUUGAAGUUGGUGAUCUUUCACGAGAAAAUUCUCAAGAUGCAGAUGAACCACCUCAAGACGUUUCUUCUGAUGAACCCACAUUCAGACACAGGAGCAAAACACUUGGCGAUAAUGCGGAUGCGGGCAAGCGUCCCCUGCCGCCGCCGCCGCCGUCGACGGACACGGAGAAGUCGUCGGCCGGCUCCAAGUCGGAGGGCGAGGACGAGCCGCCGCCGCAGCCGCCGCCCAAGCGAGGGUUAGGCCGCACUCCCAACCACCUCACCCUAAGCACGACGUCGACGCUCAGCGCCGGCAGCACUGGCAGCCAGGCGCGCCUCAUCCAGUCCUCGCACCAGCCGACGCAGUACCAGCCGACGAUGGUCAAGGAGCUAGGUAAGCAGGGUUCCCAGUCGCUCAAGUCCUCGCCAGAGAGGAGGAGCUCGAGCGCGGAGAAAAAGAUCAAGGUGAUCCGAUCCGGCAGCGGCAGCAACAUCCACCGGGAUAGGUCGCCCGGCAGACCCGUGGAACAUAUCUCGCCCGACCGGGACCGCGUAACCAAGGUGAUCAUAUGCAAGUCACCCAACAAAUCCAGUCUGAAACAGAGCAAGACCCUGCACAGGUCGCCCAAGGGCAGCUUCGAUCAGUCCAGAUCGCCCCGCGGGUCCAUCGACAAGUCUAGGUCCCCGCAGCAGAGCUUCGACGGGUCGCGGUCCCCGAGGGGCAGCAUAAUAAAGUCCCGCGAGAGCAGCCUGGACCGAGCCCGGUCCCCCAAGCCGGUGCCCAAGAAGGGCAUCAUGCGCACGCCGCAGGCCAGCUUCGACCGCUCCCCGUGCAAGUCCCCCAACACUAGCCGCCGCUCCUCCAAGUCCGGCGGGGAGAAGCUUGCGCGAAUCGGCACCAACUCCCUAGAUAGGAUCACGCACUACUCGCAGCUGGCCAAGGCCGAGGAUAAAGCUAUCAAAAUGGGGAUCGUCGUCUCGAAGUCGACCGAAUCGAUCACAAAGGCUAUCGAGCACGCCACCUGCGUCGAGUGCUACCUGUCCGGGAAAAAGCAGAGCAAGACCUCUUAGCAUAAGGCGAAGGGCAAGUCGUCCAAAGGUCGCCGAAAAUCUGUCCCGACUCACUCGAUCUUGGUGUCGUCCAAUCGGAGCAGCGUCGAGACUCUCGACGACGCGCCCUGCGACCGCGGACAUUGCCCUUCGUCUCGUCAGUGCGAGAAGAUCGACUUCAAUCAAAUACACGUUUAAUUUGUAAUUUAUUUUUAUAUGAUCUACCAUAUCUCAGUUAUAUUAUUACCUGCGGUUAGACUGAAUCGGCGUAAGUGAGUCUCGACUGAAGGAGCAUCGUACGAUGUGCCAGUUUACUAUUCGAAGGAAUUGAUUAGAGAAAGAUAUACUGACUUAAGUAUAGAAAGUUCCUUGUGUUAAGUUCGGUUCGAAAGUAUAAUAUAUACACGAUAAUUAAUUUCUUUUAAUGAAUAUCGUAACGAGACACCAAUUAUUAUAUUAUUUAGUUGUAAAAUAUAUCGUUUGUUUACAAGUAAGGCUCAAAUUGCGUACGAGCGUAUACGUAACCUCUUCAUCUGGGAAACCUCUCGUAGAGUAAAUAAUAAAUGUGGAUGUCUAUCGUAGUGAUAUGGUUAUAUGUAGACAUAAUUUAGUAGAAUCGUGUACCUCCCCAAUACUCCAUCGAUGUUCAAAAUGACCUAAUUCUAGUCUCCAAGUGCUAAAUUAAACAUUAUAUGGCUGUGGAAUUGUACUGAUUGUGAAACUUAAUUACUCGGUAACUUACAUCCUCCUCGUCUUAGUUGUACUCGCAGAUAAACGAUGCAUUUAUAUUCUUACAGUUAUAUUUUGUUACUGUUGAUUACGGUGGAUUUUUCCAUUACUGAAAGUCUUCCAACAAAAAUGCCAAUUGUUUAAAAUGAAUCUUCUUAUUUUAUAUUAUUUACGACGUUCGAUAAAAGAUACUAUAUUUACCUUUUAAGUAAAUUAUUUAUAUUUUAGUGCUAUAUUUUCUUACUUGUAUUUCACGUUCGCCUCAGUUUCUACACGAGUCAUUUUAUGCAGCAUUUAUUGCAACUAAGUGUAUAUCAUAUACUAAAUUAUAACACGUAAUACGAUAAUAAUCUAUAUGUGCAUGUUACAACAAUAUGAAUAACUACUCAAUUAUCUUAAACUUAAUGUAAUAGGAUAGCCACGACGUUAAAUGUAGUCGAAUACUUCCUUAACCUUAUUUAAACUAAAGAUAAGAAGCAAUUAUUGAAAUAAUAUACCACUUAGUCUUUAGACAGCACCGAGUCCGUUGAAUACCUUUAAUGUUGCACCCAUCCUAUACGGUUGUACUAGCCUCGACGUACUAUAAUAAUAUGAUGUUUAACAACCGGUGCACCCUAGCCUAGCUUUAAGGUAAUAUUACUACUUGUGUAACUUUUCAUUUGAAUGUUCGAUGAAGAUGUUGAUUCGGAAACGCUAAAUUGAAACCGACUCAAUUCGUCCGCAAAGCGCUUACAUGCUUGAAUUGGAAACAUCGUUGAAAAUACCAAUUGCAAUUAAAUACUUUAAAAUUCGUAGUUUCAAUUGCCGUUUAAGGCCGAAAAUGCUACUAUACUUGCAUUUCGUUUACAAAUAAACACUUUUUUCAUAAUAAUUUGGUGGCAAUAAUAUUUGUCGAUUUUUAGUAUGUUUUAUCGAAGUUACUUUAUUUUUAAGCCUUUUACAACUAUCAUUUAUACGUCGUUAUGCUGUAUUCUAUUUUCAUAGUUCAGGCGGCAUUCGACCGGACUUUUUCAGCUUAUAUAAUUUCUAAAGGCGCCUCGUCCUAGAAAUGUCUGCUACCGUUCGGUCGAAAGCACCCGUGCUAACUUUUAAUCGACAAAUAUCGAAACGGCCACAGGGGCGACUUCGACAACAUUCGUCAAACAUUCAACUCUUUUAGAGAAGCCGCGGUACCCUGGCGAUCCGUCGAAACGCAUGCAACAAUCCAAAAUUAUCGUAUAAUAUGUAUACAUGGUGUAAAAGAGUUCGGUGUUUGGUGUGUUGUAGGGUCGCCCGUGUGGAAACCGCGCGACGCGGUGAGCCCGGCGCCGGCCGCGCCCGCCGC